CCUCACUGCCUAGCCCGCGAGAGACUCAGCAAGUGGACGCCUUCAGGAAACAACGCACGUCUUUCCCUGAGCAACACUUCAGACGUACCUGUCUCGGAAGAGCAGUUAGACUGUAUCCUUGAGGUUAUGGGUUCAUCGUGGGCACAAUCCACCAAAGAGACCUAUGGAGUGGGUCUCUUAGUGUUCCACGUGUACUGUGAUUCUUUAAAGAUACCUGAAGACCAACACUGUCCAGUAUCUCCCACCCUCCUUCUGGCUUUCCUCUCCAGCUGCGCUGGAUCCUACUCAGGUAGCGCUCUUGCUAAUUAUACUGCCAGCUUGAAAGCCUGGCACCUCUUGCACGGUCAUCCAUGGAUUGUUAAUGCAAAAGAACUCAAAGCUAUUAUAGAUGGAGCCAUGGUGCUAGUGCCAGAAUCUUCCAAAUGUUCAAAGCGAGAACCUUUCACCAUCCACAUCCUUUCUAUUAUAUGCUCCUCCAUUAAUCUCAGCGACCAUCGUGACACCGCAAUCUUCGCAUGUAUCACCACAACCUUCUAUGCCAUAGCGAGAGCCCAUUCAGUCACAUAG